GUGCGAUCUGACGUCGCAGAUCUAGUUUAGCCGCACGUGGUUUAAGAACAUCUGUGUACCGCAAAGUACAUCUUCUAGAAGCAUUUUCUGACGCAUCUGCGGGUGGUCGAUUGCGUUGAGUGGUAGACUAAUGUAUAAAACGCCCCGUCGGAUAAAGGUUGACUGCGGCUUAUCACUAGUCGAGAAGCCGAAGAAUAUUCGGCAUGGAAGGAGCGACAUUCCGUGUUAAAGGUGCGAAGACAUACGCUCCUUGCUUGCUAAGACAUCGUACUAACAAGCAUGUGCAUUUACUCGGUGGGCCCGCGGCCUUGCUUCUCCUUUCACCGCUUGAAGCCAUCCUUCGUUCGGCUCAAGAUCAAUCGGAAGCGAACGCGUGGCCAGGAGUAGCGAUAGUCCUGUUUUUGAAGAGGUUCGAGCCGCCGUGUGGUUAUAGGCUUCGUGCGAUCGAGGGAGUAGAUCUUGAAGACAUGACAACUGCUUCAAAACAUCAAGGAUUAGGAUAUCAAGCCGCUAUCCGAAACCUUGUGUGACUUACGUUCAGGUUAGUGUCCAACGUACAGACACAGA